AAAAAAAAAAUAUUUUGGGUUUUGGUUCGAUGAAAUUUAAUUUCGUCAAGUUUUCUACAAAGGAAACAAAAUUCAGUUGAAUUUGUUACUCUAGGUUAAGCACGGCUGUGGUUUCUUUAUUACGAAUACAACUGUGUCUCAUUAAUUAAAGCUAAAAUGGGUCAAAUGAUGGGCUCCUAUGGAGCGCGAAAUGUAGACCUUUACAUGGACGAUGAACCGACAUUUAACCCUCAAACUGGGUUUUCCUUCAAUAGAAAAGAAAGAGAAAUGAAAAUAAGUGAAGCAGAAUUGAUGUCUGCCAAAAUACCACCAGUAUAUAGGGAUUAUUGUGCACAUUAUUUGAUGGAUUACCAAGUUUGCCGCUAUAAGAAUAUGCCCAUGCUAUAUAGGUGUGCUCAUGAAAAGCACAACUAUAUGAACUGUGAACAGCAAGAUUAUGUAUUGCGCAUGAAGGAAUUUGAGCGUGAACGUCGCCUGCGCGUAAGAGAACAACGCUUGGUUGGUGCAGCUUGAAAAUUGCAUCUCUAUAUAUGUUUCACCAGAAACUUGUUAUUAUUUAUGUAAAUAAAAUUAAAAUAUUAGUCAGACUUGUAUCAUG